AAACCCUAAAACCUAGAACCUUCCAUUCCAAUCUACACCAACUUUACUCCUUCCAUUUUAUACAGAUCCAACCUCACACCUUCUUCCCCACCGGAAUCCCUCCAUUUCCAGCAAUGGCGAAACGUUUCAUUCCAACCCUAAAUCGUAUUCUCGUCGAAAAAAUCCUCCCUCCGUCCAAAACAACCGCCGGAAUUCUCCUCCCGGAAUCAUCCGCUAAGCUGAACUCUGGAAAAGUUAUUUCUGCUGGUCCUGGAUUGAGAACUAACGAAGGGAAAACUAUUCCAACUUCGGUUAAAGAAGGCGAUACCGUGCUUCUGCCUGAGUAUGGCGGUACCCAAGUGAAGCUUGAUGAUAAAGAGUAUUUCUUGUAUAGGGAUGAGGAUAUUUUGGGGACUCUGCAUGACAAUUGAAUGUAAUGUUGUCUUCUAUAUAGCUUCUCUUUUGUAUUAGUGCUUUAAAAUGGGUUAUUGAUGUUGAGAUUGAAGAACCUCCUCUCAAAAAAAAAUGUUGAGAUUGAAGAACCUUAAUUGAAUUGAGCUAUAAAACCCUUUUGGAAUGGGAAAUGGAUCUCUUAUUUUAAGCACAUGUGGCCUUCUAUGGAAAUUUUUAAAAUAAAAUGCAUUUUAGUAAUUUCAUUAGUGUUGUAUUACUGGUAGAAGUUCUUUUUAUUGAAGAUUCAUUAGAGUAAUGCUGAAUUGUACUGGAAAUCACUUAUGAGGCCUUUGAGUAAAUGGUUUGACACUUUUCUUUA